AUGGAGGAGAAUGAGCUGAGUGCCACAUUCUUGCAGGCCGCCAAACAGUUCUGUAAAUACAUCUUCACACAGUCUACUGUCAAGACCAUCAAGGGAGGGCACAAAGUCACCGGGAGAAUGUUGGGUAGCCUGGUCAGCACCUAUGUGGACACCAUCUCGAGCGGGUCAGUGCCCUGCUUGGAUAAUGCGGUGCUUGCCAUGGCUCAGAUUGAGAACAAGGCUGCCGUGCAGCAGGGGCUGGCUGUGUACCAGAAGGGCAUGGAGCAGUCAGUGCAGAUCCCAGUGACGAGGGACAGGAUUUCUGAGCAGCAUGGAAAGUGGGAGAAACAAGCCCUGGAGACCUUCAUGAAGCGGUCCUUCAAGGACGAUGGACAUAUACACCAGAAGACUAAUGAGGCUGCAGUGAGCUGCUUUGCAAUGUCCCCGAUAUGUGGGCCCCUUACUAUUUCUAACAGACAGCUCAUUGUCUCUCAUUCACAGGAUCAGAUUAUCAGUCAUUACACUGAGCUUGUGAAGCACAAUGAUGAUGUCUCCAUAGAAACAUGCAACAAAGUGCUUGUGGAUCUGUCCGUCCAGAUGAGUCACAAUCUACAGCAAGGAGUUUAUGCAACACCCGGUGGCUACAAGCUGUACUGCGAGGACCGUGAUCAUGUGGAGGAACAAUUCAGAGCCACACCCAACAAGGGAACGAAGGCAGAGGACGUUCUGGACCAAUUUCUAAAACAGAAGAAAAUCGAAGCUGCCUCCAUUCUGCUGGCUGAUCAAAAACUCACAGAAAAUGAGAAGCAAAUAGCCAGAGAGAGGGAGCAUGCACUCCAAAUGGAGCAGCAGAACAAGGCAAUGGAGGAGGAAACCCAUCAGAUGAAGUGCACCUUGGAGGAGGAGCGGAGGAGCCGCGCAGAGAACGAGCGGCAAAUGGAGCUGAAGCUGCAGGAAGAGACAGAGAACGCCCGCAAGGAGUACGAGAACGCGCUGGAGAGCAAGCUGAAAGAGCAGGAGGAGCUGAUGAAGAAGGGCUUUGAGGAGAAGGCAACGAUGCUGCAGGAGGAGAUCAGCCAGCUCAAACAAGAGUCAAAGAUCUGGGUAGAUGUGGCUAAGAUAGGUCUUGAGACAGCUAACAAUGCAUUUAAUAAUUUCUUACAGUACAAAUCUAUGGGGCUUUUACUGAAAAGAUAGUAAAAGUCUUGUACUUUUUAUAGUUGUAAGGAAGUUGUAAGAGGGAUCAUUAUAAACAGAGCUGGUUAAACAGGCUUAUUUGUAAUCUGCCAAGUGUUUAACCUGUAGUACUUUGUAUUUAAUCAUAUCCUGAUGUAACUAUCACUAUUUAAUCAUAGCCUGAUGUAACUAUCACUAUUAUCUGCUGUAUUAUUGAAUUGUGUUUUGUCACACUUGUACUUUGCUUGAACAAAAGUUAUUGUAUUUCUUGCUCUUAUUGUAUUACUUGUAUUGUAACACUUGAAAUGUUUUUGCUUACGAUUGUAAGUCGCCCUGGAUAAGGGUGUCUGCUAAGAAAUAAAUAAAUAAAUAUA